AUGCUCAAUUGUCGCAUAUGCCUCUGGCGAUGCAUCCGAGCGCUCGAUACAUCCGCUUCUCAGCCGCACCGCCUCCGUCAUGAUGUAGCUUCGACGCUCUUUAGGGACCAGCGGAGGUCUCUUCGAACCACGACGAAUGCGAUUCGCAAAGUAGAUGCCCGGCCAACGAACCUCGCCAAGGUCGAGGAACUUUCGAGAUCGGAAGACGAGCCAUGGAAGAAAUCACCGCAAGCGCUCAGUCAGAAGAAGAAGGAGCGGGCUGCGCUGAGACAGAAGCCCGCCCAUGAUCGGGCUCACAACGAAGUUACUGGCGAUUUGAUGUGGUUAGGGAAGCGGGAUCCAAGGGUAUCGGCAAAGGACUGGAAUAGACGGAAGAGGGAACUCCAGUAUCUCAAAGAUCCCCUGGAGCUGGCGACCUUCGUCAGGAAGGAGCUGGGCAAGGACAAGAGCACGGAGAUGCUGCAGCUGGUGCGCAUGGCUAGCCAUUCUAUGCAGUGCAUUGUCAGCUGGAAUCACAUCAUCGACCACUUGCUAGCUAAGGAGAGGGUGUCGGACGCUUUGAAAGUUUAUAAUGAGAUGAAGAAGCGAGCACAGUUUCCCGACUCAUAUACGUAUACCAUUCUCCUGCGAGGGCUGUCGAUCAACGCACACAAGUCGGGAGCCCUCAGCAAAGCCCUAGCCGUAUACCACUCCAUGUCCGCCCCGAACUCCAGAGUCGAGCCGACGAUCAUUCACACUAAUGCCGUCUUGCGCGUAUGUGCCCGGGCAUUAGAUAUGGACGCACUCUGGGGCGUUGCAGCAAAGAUACCGGAUUCCGGGCCUGCUGCAGCGAACCCUACCACCUUUACCACGAUUCUCAACGCGAUUAGGCAGAGUCUCCUUGUAGAUGCGCCAAAGGGAGAAAACGAGGAAGAGGUUGCGGCGAGACGGGAACGCGGUAUCGUAGAAGGCAGACGAGUUUGGGAGGAUGUUAUCGGCAAAUGGAGGAAUGCGGAUAUGGUUGUUGAAGAGGAGUUGGUGUGCGCUAUGGGCAGGCUGCUACUCAUUGGAAGCCGACCGCGAGACUGGGAUGAUGUACUGUCUUUGGUCGAACAGACUAUGGAUAUCCCACGGCUGGUACCCCGGCUCGGGACCGCUGAGCGCCAGAAUGCUGGUCUGCCCCGUCUCCGCGCAGAGAAUACCCCUGAGGAGUACAGGUUCGAUGAUGCCCAUCUGAGUCCUAAUAAGGGCUCUAUGCGCGGACAGGAGUUCCUCGCCUUGACGCCACAAGGUAUUGGGAGCGCUGUAUCAAAUCCUCUUACAUAUGCGACGCCGUCCAACAACACCCUAUCCAUGAUACAGGAAGCCUGUCAGAAGAUCGUGGCCAACAAAGCCGCAGAAGAGUACUGGAAUCUCCUGACCGACCCAACGACGUAUGGCGUCGUGCCGGAUAUCAACAACCUCCACAUGCGCCUACGAGUCCUUCGCCAGAACCGCGCAUCAGCUAACGCCGCCGAGCUCCUCAAGAGAGACUUCGUUGGAAAAGGCAUUGAGCCCAAGCCUGGAACCUUCAGGAUAGCGAUGAGCACUUGCGUCCGCGACAAAAACAACCAUAACUCGCUCAAGCACGCCAGUCGGAUUCUGCACCUCAUGAUGAUGACGCUCCCAGACGCCGAUCCAAAAACCGCCACCAUGUACGCCGAGCUCACUCUCACUUUCCCACUUGCCAAAGGCGAGGAUCUUGUCGAUGCGCUUACCUUCCUUCAACCCGUCAUCAAGAAUAUCCGACUCCAGCUCAGCGUGGGCGGGGAGCGCAAGUAUGGCAAGGUGGGCGCAGUAUACUUGACCGGAGCCGAGAGACAAGAUGCCAUCGCUGCUCUGAGGAAGAUCUGCGGUAUCUACGAUAAGCUGAUUAACUCCAACCUCAUCGCCGAGGAGCAGAAGGCGCCGUUCAAGGCCGAGAAGGCGAGGCUGUCUGCGUUCAUUAACAGGAUGAUGUUCAAGGAUGGGAAUCGGAAGUGGGAGCUAGCGAAGGAGGCGCUGGGUGCCGAAGCUGAUGCGGCCCCUGAGGAGGGCGAGGGAAAGAAAGAGGGUGGAGAAGAGAGUAAUAGAAAGGGCGGAGGUUGGCGGGCGCGUAAUGCGCUGCCUGUGGAGAAGCGGAGACCAUGGUUUUCAUCGCGGAGUGCGAGUGAGGCCGUCUAG